AUGUCAUUGGCGCAAAUCCUUUCACGGUUGAAAUCUUCUACCCCCCUGCCAUUUGUUGUUGUUUUUAAAACUUGGAAUAGUAAUAUCACUUUCGUUUCAGCGAUAACAGCGGCGCAACAAGAUUCCAACUUUGGAGGCAACUCGGACCUGCGGGUGACGGGAGAAACCCUAUUCGGGCGUCGGCUAUGGACCUCACACACCUGCAUCGAAUAUUCGUAUGUGUGCGAUUGCUAUGAAUUCAAGCGAGAUGGCACAGCUUGCUGGCUUCGCUGGCACAGGUACGGUGUUUGCAAGGAUGGAAUUUGUGUGCCCCGAAGUCCUUUCACAACUACGGAAGAGCCGAGUUCUACCACUCAAACUGACCCCACGACCAAAACUAAUUCAAUCAACGACGAAGAAGUGGGCACAGCUGCAGCUACAGAAAAAUAUUGACCCUCAGUCGCCAACCUUACUGAGGUCGCAGAGGUGUCCACAAGGCCAUUCUCCAGCGAAUUAGGAAGUCUCCCAGCUAGAGAAAUAAAGAAUAAUGAGCACUUCGUUCAAAACAGUUGAAUUUCCCGUGAUCGUGCGUUUUGAGCCGCACUGCUAAAAUGCCAAGCACUGUAUCAACAAAAUCAUCAGAUUAAAAAUAAAAAAGCUCCCAUUCUAAAUG